ACCCGCGGGAUCCCGGCGUCCGGCAGCCCGCUCACGCGUCCGUCGGUCGGCGGGGUAGUCUGUCCACGCGCGGAUAGCCCAGCGCCCCGGCGCGCGGCCUGGGAGGGCAAGGGCGCAGAGGCGGGACCGCGGCUCCCUCCCACUCCGGGGGGAGCCCAGGAGGCGGCGGUGCUGAAGCGUGAGCCGGGGAAGCAGGCAGAGCGGAGGAGAGGCGGUCGCGAGCACGAGUGGGGUGGGGCGUGCCCACGGGCCCCCGCCCCCCUCGUCCCCCAGCCCAGCUCCGGAGCCGCAGCCCAGGCCGGCGGCACCCCUCCCCCGUGCGUUCUUCAGCCACCCAGGCCUUCCAGGACCCGUGGAUUGGGGUCAAGGGGGACAGGGACGCCCCCUUCAGCGGGAGCCGUCGGGGGAGGCGGACCCGAGACAAGGCAAGCAGCCCCACUGGAGCCAGGCGCAGGGUCUGGGACGCAGCUGCGAGCGCAGAGGGCUGGCUGGGCGCUGCAGAGAGCCGCGGGCUGGGGCUGGGCCUCCUGGGUGACAGGCCCUGCGCUGCCAGGAAGAACGGGAGACCAGCAGGAAAGAGCCCGGACCUAGAGUACAGGCGGCUGCCUCAGCCCCUUGUCUGAGCUGAGGAAACCAAGGAUUUUAGAGCAUCAUUCUCCCCAGCAUAAGAAAGACACUUGCCUUCCAGAGCAGCACCUUUGUCUGAGACAGCUCUGCCGGGAAGGGGUCCGUGGAGCCUGGAACACACCCCACACUCCUUUAACUGAGGCCUCUGGGCCUCAGAGAGGGCCGGAGUUAGAAAGGAGGCCGGACAGUCCUUGCUGGCCCCCUGGGGAGAGCGGAAGUUGCCUGCCUGCUCCCAGGCCCAGGAGGAGCUGGGCCACUAAUAGUAGGGUCCUGGCCCCUGAGGCAGCAGCGGCCAUGUCACGGCCAGGCCAGGGUGUGAUGAUGCCGGUGAACGGGCUGGGCUUCCCACCGCAGAACGUGGCCCGGGUGGUGGUGUGGGAGUGGCUGAACGAGCACAGCCGCUGGCGGCCCUACACGGCCACCGUGUGCCACCACAUCGAGAAUGUGCUCAAGGAGGACGCCCGUGGUUCCGUGGUCCUGGGGCAGGUGGACGCCCAGCUCGUGCCCUACAUCAUCGACCUGCAGUCCAUGCACCAGUUUCGCCAGGACACAGGCACCAUGCGGCCGGUGCGGCGCAACUUCUACGACCCGUCGUCGGCGCCGGGCAAGGGCAUCGUGUGGGAAUGGGAGAACGACGGCGGCGCGUGGACGGCCUACGACAUGGACAUCUGCAUCACCAUCCAGAACGCCUACGAGAAGCAGCACCCGUGGCUCGACCUCUCGUCGCUCGGCUUCUGCUACCUCAUCUACUUUAACAGCAUGUCGCAGAUGAACCGCCAGACCCGCCGGCGCCGCCGCCUGCGCCGCCGCCUGGACCUCGCCUAUCCGCUCACCGUGGGCUCCAUCCCCAAGUCGCAGUCGUGGCCCGUGGGCUCCAGCUCGGGCCAGCCCUGCUCGUGCCAGCAGUGCCUGCUGGUCAACAGCACGCGCGCCGCAUCCAACGCCAUCCUGGCCUCGCAGCGCCGCAAAGCGCCCCCCGCGCCGCCGCCGCCGCAGCCCCCGCAGCCGCCCGGAGGGCCGCCGGGCACGCUCGCCGUGCGCCCCAGCGCCACCUUCGCCGGCGCCGCUCUCUGGGCCGCGCCCGCCGCCGGCCCCGCCGAGCCCGCGCAGCUCCCCGGGGCGCCCCCGCGGAGUCCGAGCGGCCCCGGCGGCGCGCCCACCCCGGGGCAGAACAACCUCAACCGGCCUGGGCCCCAGCGCGUCACCGGCGUGAGCGCACGCGCCUCCAUCCCGCCGGGGGUCCCCGCGCUCCCGGUGAAGAACUUGAAUGGUACGGGGCCAGUUCACCCCGCCCUGGCAGGGAUGACCGGGAUCCUGCUCUGCGCCGCCGGGCUGCCCGUGUGCCUGACGCGGGCCCCCAAGCCCAUCCUGCACCCCCCACCCGUGAGCAAGAGCGACGUCAAGCCUGUGCCAGGCGUGCCCGGGGUGUGCCGCAAGACCAAGAAGAAGCACCUCAAAAAGAGUAAGAACCCCGAGGAUGUGGUUCGAAGGUACACACAGAAAGUGAAGAACCCACCUGAUGAGGACUGCACCAUCUGCAUGGAGCGUCUGGUCACAGCCUCUGGCUAUGACGGCGUGCUUUGGCACAAGGGCGUGCGACCAGAGCUGGUUGGCCGCCUGGGCCGCUGCGGUCACAUGUACCACCUGCUGUGCCUCGUGGCCAUGUACUCCAAUGGCAACAAGGAUGGCAGCCUGCAGUGCCCCACCUGCAAGGCCAUCUAUGGGGAGAAGACGGGCACUCAGCCACCUGGGAAGAUGGAGUUUCACCUCAUCCCUCACUCGCUGCCCGGCUUCGCUGACACCCAGACCAUCCGCAUCGUCUACGACAUCCCCACUGGCAUCCAGGGCCCUGAGCACCCAAAUCCAGGCAAGAAGUUCACUGCAAGAGGCUUCCCACGCCACUGCUAUCUGCCCAACAACGAGAAGGGCCGGAAGGUGCUGAGGCUGCUCAUCACCGCCUGGGAGCGGAGACUCAUCUUCACCAUCGGCACAUCCAACACGACCGGCGAGUCGGACACCGUGGUGUGGAACGAGAUCCACCACAAGACGGAGUUUGGAUCCAACCUCACGGGCCAUGGCUACCCGGACGCUAGCUACCUAGACAACGUGCUGGCCGAGCUCACAGCCCAGGGUGUGUCUGAGGCCGUGGCCAAGGCCUGAGGCCCGAGGCUGCCCACUCUCCCUCCUGCUUUGCCCCUGGUCCGCCACAUGCCUUCCUGCGCCAGGUGUGCCCUGGCAGCCCGGGCUCAGGUCUGGGGAGGAGCCUGUGGGAGGGGCCAGAAGCGAUCCGGGGAUUUGGCUGGUGGCAGUUGGGAUGAUGGGAGGAUGGCGGGCCCGCGGGCUCUGACCAACUGCUCCCCAAGAGGGUCGCCAGAGUGUACCGGAAACCACAGCAACCUCCCUAUCAGAAAGACAGAGCCCCACUCCCUCACACAAACACAGGUGUCCUGUUGAACACAUGCACGCACACCCACGUGCCUCUACUUAUCCCCAGAGUGGGGGGAGAGAUGGAGAGACCCCUGUGAUACUCCCAUGUGGAUUCCCAUCUUUGUCAGCUGUACAGGCUUGUCUGCAAGCAGGACGACUCAGGUCCGGCACUUGGGGGCCUGGUGGGGCUCCAGCAGGGGACAGAGGGCCACUUGGGGGGGGACAGAUAGCCUCCCUCUAUCUCUGCCACCCACUGACAGGCAAUUGUGGGCCCACGAAGGGAAAGCCUCCAGAUUAUUCAGCAGUUUUGCAAAGGGGCGGGCAGACAGAGGGACUAGAAGAAUCUUAUUUUGUGCUUGUGUCUCUUCAUCCUUCUGGGACCCUGACCACCUCCUUCUCCCCUCCCAUCCCCAGGCCUUAUGUCUGUACCUGAUAAAGGCACUGUUUUCCUUUCCUCCCCACCCAAGUCCCUACCAACAACAAGAUCAAAAGGCUGGAGGAGCUUCUGGCUUCAGGAGCGAGACGAGGAGGCCUACCUUAGGCCAGCAGGUUUAAAAAGCAGACUGGACAGCAAAGAGUCCAUUUCCCUUUCCUUGGGAGUGGGCAGUGGGGUGGCUGAUAGUCUCGGCCAACCAGGGGCCUGUUGCCCAGGCAACUCACCAGCUCCGCCUCUGUUGAUUGGCUGCCAUGGUGGAAGUCAGCCAAGAUUUAAAGGGACGCCAGUGAUUGCUCUUUUGAAAAUCUACCAGUCCCACUGUGGGUGGAGAAAUAAACGCUUUCUCCUCCUCA